UGACACGAGUCGAACGACAGCGAACAGUUUUGCGUAUUGUGUUGUCUACCUUCUUGUUCACACGGAAUUCUAUGUUUAUGCAGGGCAGUUUGCUGUAAAAGAUGGCUAAAUCUCAGGCAGCGGUUGUCUACGACAGAAAGCACACUGAGGAAGAGAGUUGUGAGAGUGACAUCUGGGAUGACACAGCACUCAUCAAGGCAUACGAUCAUGCAGUAAAUGCAUUCAAAGAUGAAAUGACAGGAACAAAUCCAACGUUAAGGGCAGGAAGUGAAUCUGAAGGUAGGCUCACUCCAAAGCAUCGCAAAAAAAACAAGAAGAAAAAGCAGAAGAAAAACAAGUCGAGCAAGAAGAAUUUUAAAGCAAGAAGGAGGUGGCAAAUCGGGGAUAAGUGUCUGGCCGUUUACUCAGAGGAUGAGCAGUGGUAUGAAGCUCUGAUAGUAGACAUUGACACUGACUACACCGUAUGUACGGUACGCUUUAUUGGCUAUGGUAAUGAAGAAGAGAUGGUGCUCUCAGACCUCUUGCCUAGGAAUGCAUACAAGUCGUCACAACAAGAGUCCAUCGAAAAUGGAUAUGAUAGUCAAGCAUCUUCAAACAUGGACUGGCAUGACUCUUCCCGAUUGCAAUCACAAGUAUCAAAUCAUCAUCAUCAUCGUCAUCGUCAUCACGAUGAUAAUAGGCCACAUGCGCCACAAUCUCACCCACAUCCACUAUCCCCACAUGCCGACUGUCCUCUGUUCCCCAACUUCCAUGGGCCACCACCACUGAUGUGUCCUCCUUCUGCUUCGAUGAUGCCUCCCCCUUUCUUCCUUCCUGGAGGUGGCAUGCCCUUCCCCUUUUCUAUACCAGGUACCAGCAUGCCGCCUCCCUUCUCACAGGGACUCUCGGGUGCAUAUCCGCUCUUUACUAGUGCCGAAUUUAUUCCACCAGCCCCACCAAUACCAUCGGUGCCUGAGGGAGGUGAUAUUGAUAACGAUGUACUCUCUAGCAUGCUAAUCUCUUGGUACAUGUCUGGCUACCAUACUGGUUAUUAUCAGGGACUGAAGACUGCGAAGCUAGAAGCAUUGAAGAAGAGGAAGGAUGAUGUUCCUCAGCAAGAUGGUGUCUCUAACUCGCAGGGUCAGGAUCCUGAUGCACAGCAACCGAGCACGAGUAAGAUUGACGAGAAGUCCUAAGACGUAUCUGUUUGUUUACGGAAGUGAUGCACGAGGAAGCUGAAAAAUGAAAAUCUCGACAGGUUUAAAUAGACACAGUUUGAUGUUUUAACAUGAAUACUUUUAUCAGUACCUAAUUUUGAUCAGAAAAUGCUUCUGUGUUAUGUAAAUUCCUUACGUCCCUAAGCACAUUUACUGUAUUUGUGGAUGCUAAAAGUGGUUAAACAGUAUAUAUAACGCACUGUAUUUUGUAUUUGGAUACAAUCAUUUGUACCUUCAUACUGUUCGUGAUGGUAUAUGGUUUACUCACAAAUACCUUGUAUAUUUUGGCAAUGUUCUGCUAAACCUAUUUUAUUAGGAAAUGUAACUGAGAUAUUUUCUUAAGAUUAAAGAGUUGAUUGUCGUUCAUGUAAUACAUUGAGCUAAUAAAUCUGUCAAAUUUGUUAAAAAAUUGUGUCCUACAAAGCA